AAUGCAGCCUCUGGUGGGAUGCGACGAUGGUUUUUUUUUCCCUCUCCAACAGUGAUGAUCAUUGUUCAGAGAGCAGAGUGUCGUUGAACUGAUUAUCAGGUUUCCUCUCUUUGUAGGGGUUAUUACGUUAUUUUGCACUCUGAACGAAUUUUAGUUCGCCCAUUUUGACUUGUAUUUUUCUCAAUCGAGAGCUUGUCGCAAUGGCUUCGCAGCAGCCGGAGGUAAACGCUCCGCCCGCCAGCGUCGAAACACCGGCCCCCAAGCAUGAUAUCUCGGAUGGCGCGGCGGCUGCCAAUGGUGCCGAUGAGCCCCCUGCGAAGAGAGCAAGAUUGGAGGAACCGGACCAGCGGAAGAAGGGCGUCGCGCCUGUCAAGCCUGAGUAUCUGGUGAAAGAGCAGAAGGCACAAACCGACCCAGAAACCAACCCAGAUGACGCUGCCGAAGCCGCCCACCACGAGGGUCGCGAAGAUGACAAGGGAGGAAAGAAGAAGAAGAACACCGGCCAGAACACAAAUCGCCGUUUCGGAAAGUCUCUUGACGAAAAGGGUCUUUGCCCAACCAGAGUCCACAGCCCUGAGCUUUCCGCGGGCGAAUGCAAAUUUGCAGAGAAGUGCAAGUUCGAGCAUGACCUGCGGGCUUACCUGAAGGAGCAUAAGCGGGAGGAUCUUACAACCCUCGACGGCGUCUGCCCAAUCUGGGAUGCUAAGGGGAAAUGCUACUACGGGUGGAAAUGUCGUCUCGUUGGCUCGCAUAUGACCGAACGGGAGACUGAAGAUGGACGGAAGGAGUUGGUCUUGGUUGAGGAUGAAGAACGCAAGAAAAAGGCGCAGCCCCUUGUCCCGCACGCUUCCGAGGAUGGAGUUGUCAACAUUGUUCCAAUUCAGGAAAAGAUGGCACUGUCGAGGAGGAAGACAAAGUUCCCGCGAUCUGAUUCGUACAACUCUUGGCUCGAAAAAUCAGCCAAAGAACUGGAAAAGAAUCUCCACGCACGUCGUCAGGAAGGCGGCGAAGAUGCUGAACCGACGGAAGAUCAGGUCAAGGAACAGAAGGAAGAAAACAGAGCUCAGUAUAUCGAGCCCCCUUUCUUGCCCUCGGAAAAGCGGCGCCUCUAUUUUGGUCCAGAGACCCCCGCUCUGGCACCGUUGACGACCCAAGGCAAUCUCCCUUUCCGCAGACUCUGUGUUGAACUUGGUGCGCAGCUUACUUACUCGGAGAUGGCUGUGAGCAUGCCAUUGAUCCAAGGUUCAAAGUCGGAAUGGGCGUUGAUGAGGGCCCACGAGUCUGAAGCACUCCCUCCUACUGUUUCCCCAAGGGACAGCGUCGUGCAGGGCUAUGACAACUCCAAGGAUCUCAGAUUCGGCGCUCAGAUUGCAGCCAACAAACCCUGGCAAGCACUCAAAGCUACCGAGGCUUUGUCUCAGCUUAGCCCUCACUUACGUGUGAUCGAUUUGAACUGCGGGUGCCCCAUUGAUCUCGUGUUCCGCGAGGGAGCUGGCUCGGCCUUGUUAGAACAUCCGUCGAAGCUGGAAAAGAUUCUCCGUGGCAUGAACACUGUUUCUGAACACAUCCCCAUCUCCGCUAAAAUCCGCAUGGGUACUAGGGACAAUCAACCGAAUGCUUUGAAGCUUUGCGAACGUCUCAUCCUCGGUGGUUAUGAAUCUGGCUUGACCAAUGCUGGUACAUCUGGUGUGGCUGCUCUUACUCUCCACGGACGAAGCAGACAGCAGCGGUACACCAAAAAGGCCGACUGGGAAUACAUUGCCGAAUGCUCUGCUCUCAUCAAGAGACUGGGAGAAAAGACAGAUGCAGUUACAGACACUAUCCGAGAGCCGGAUGCCCGGACACAGCCAAACGGCGGAAAGGUAUGGUUCCUUGGAAACGGAGACUGCUACUCCCAGAAAGAUUAUGACGACCACAUCAACAACGCUGGGGUCGACACCGUCAUGGUUGGCCGAGGAGCAAUGAUCAAGCCCUGGAUCUUCGAGGAGAUCCAAUCGGGCCAGUAUCUUGACAAGUCUGCUUCGGAGCGUUUGUCGCUGGUCGAAAAGUUCGCCAAAUAUGGACUUGAGAACUGGGGAUCUGAUGAGCACGGCGUUGGCACAACUAGACGCUUCAUGCUCGAAUGGCUGAGCUUCACUCACCGUUACGUGCCCAUCGGGCUGCUCGAGUACCUCCCUCCCAACAUCCAGGACCGACCUCCGGCUUGGAGAGGUAGAAAUGAGUUGGAAACACUUCUGGGAAGUGGCAACUACAAGGAUUGGAUCAAGAUCACCGAAAUGUUCCUUGGCCCAACCCACAAGGACUUCAAGUUCGAGCCCAAGCACAAAUCCAACUCUUAUGAAGCGGAGGGUUAAACCUAGACGAUUACGAACGUAGAUGUAUAUACUGUAGCUACCAUGCAUAUAGAAAUAAAAAGCAAUGUGGUUCUUGAU